GUCAAUGUUCACCGCGCAUGUACUUACCGGUGAAAACGACAUGGCAGGUGUUUCGAUUGCUUCUUAUUGUUGAUUAUUUUUAAUAGAUAAGAGAUUAACUACGAUUACUCUGAAGGACAAUGAUAACACAUAUGUUAGAUAAUAAUUUAUAAAAUUAUUUAUUUUAAUUUAUUUUAAUUAAUUGCCAAAGUUAUAUAAACAUGUCGAACACACGCGAAGCAGAGGUACAAAAUCUCAAGGAACGUGGAAACGCGUGUGUAAAAGAACAAAAAUACGAAGAAGCUAUGUUUCAUUAUACUCAUGCCAUUAAACUAGAUCCACAAAAUUAUUCCUUGUAUAGUAAUCGAUCAUUUGCAUUUUUAAAAUUACAACAAUAUCAUUUUGCAAUGGAAGAUGCAUUAAUGACAAUUCAAUUAAAACCUGAUUGGACCAAGGGUUAUUUUAGAAAAGCUGAAAUAGAAUCACAAACAUUUCGCUUCAGUGAAGCACUUCAAUCUUACAAUAAAGCUUUAGCCCUUCAACCAAAUGAACCAACAAUUUUAGAAGCAAUGAAUAGAGUAUCCCGAUUAUUAAUUAAAGACAAACGAGCUGAUCAACAAAUACCUUGGCUUGGAGCUGGUGUUGGUAUCAUACUUGGUGUAAUAGUUGUAAUUGCAGAUUAUGUUUUUACAAAUAAACCUACAUUAACGAUGCAACAUCCUCUUUUGAUGGCCUUAUUGACAAUGUCUAUAGCAAUGUUGGGUUUUGGUAUUGCAAAAGGAUUCCGUUAUUUCAUAAAAUGUCAGAGAAAAUCACUUUUGGAACCUCCAGUGGAUCUUUUUGGUGAUAACAAAGAAGAAUUUGAUGAUAUUGAAACUGAAAUGAAUAAUGAAAAAGAAAAACAUCCCAAAUAUAGUAAAGCACAAGCAAGACAAAGAUUCAAAAAAGGAAAAUCGUAGUGUGCUUUGAUAUUAAUGAUAUACAUGCAUUUUUAUGUAAAUUUUAACAUCAUACACUUUUUAGCAUCUCAGGAAAGCACUGAUUACUUAUAAUCAAUGUUAUUAGAUAACAUAAACAACAGAAAAUUAUAUUGGUACUAUUUAUAUUUUAUACUUCUGUUAUUGUUAAAUAAUGUUAAAGUACUGAAAACAUGUGCCAGAAUUUCUGUAUUUCUUUAUAUUUUGUGUUUAAAAAUUUUUAUAUCAAAUAUUUCCUACUUAAUAAUUGAAUCCAUUUACU